CCCCAAUGGCCAGGCCGCAGACGCUUUAGGCUGUGCCGGUCUCGCCGGCGCGUGAUCUGCGCCUAACACGCCGGGUUCCGACACAGGAGCUCAUGGGCUCGAGGAACUCGCAGGCACACUAAACUAUAUGACAUAUAGCUGCCUUGGAUACAUUUAGCACUAUAUAGCACUGUGAGGCAGCAACGGCGGGCGCUCGCGAGGCCCCACAAAGGUCGCACUCGAGUAAAAACGCGGCCCAUGACCAAGGGAAGACGUUCUUACGGGUGAAUGAUCACUACAAAAUGGCUGGGACAGUCAGGCAACGACGGCAAGCGAAGCGCAAUUUGCAAAAUCAUUCUGGCGCUGGGCCUCUUCUAUGGCUACUAGUAUCAGUUUUAGCCUCUUCAUAUGUUAUGCUCGCAAGCGAGCUACCAGCGACAGGCCUUCAAUAUCCAAGAGCGAACGAUGAACUGGUUCGCAGUGCCGCUUUCGUGCAGCGGUACGGCUCGGUGGUGGCGCCGCCGCAAAUGGACUGGCGCAGUGUGCCGGGGGUCAUCAGCCCGCCGGCAGAUCAGAACCCCUGUGGCGCAUGCUUUGCCUUCGCCGCGGCACACGCGAUAGAGGCGCGUGUGGCCAUCUCAAAGGGGGAUGCGGCUUCAAGCGUCCGCCUGGCGGAGAUGCAGGCGGUGGUGUGUGCGCAGGACGGUAACGGCUGCAAGGGCGGCUGGGUGGGGCAGGCGUACCGCUACGCAGCCACGUCGGGCCUGGUGCCGAAAGCAGCCUGGGCUGAGAUGACGGGUAAUGCCUACGUGGAGUCCCAGUACUGCCCCUCCCGGCGCCUUGCUGACUACAUAAGAAAGGUGGAUGUAGCAGACCCCGCGGCAGUAGCCUCGGGCGGCAGUAGCAGUGGCAGCGGCACCACGACCGCCAAGAUUGCGGGCUGGGAGACGGCACCGCGCACUGCCAUGGCGCUGAUGAAGGUGUUGGCUAACCAGCCCGCGGUGGCGCUGGUCCACGCCGCCCCCGACUGGUCCGACUACCGCGGCGGGAUGUACCGGGGCGACUGCUCGGCCGCCGCGGACGACGCCAACCACGCCGUGGUCGUGGUGGGGUACACGGCCGACGCCUGGAUCGUAAAAAACUCCUGGGGCGCGGGCUGGGGCGCGGGUGGCUUCAUGCUGCUGCCGCGCACCGGCAACAGCACCAACAAAUGCGGCGUGUUGAACUCCGUCACCUACCCCGUACUGGACAAAGUGAGCCCAGAGCGCCGCGGAGAGCUGCUUCGCCAAGGCUUCUGCCGCGCGGCCGGCAAGGUGUCGCUUGCGGACGUGGCGGCUGGCAACGUCAGCCUGGCCGCGCUGGCUGUCCGGUUUGGGGUGCCGCUGAACGAGAUGAUCCGUGUCAACAGCCACGUGCAGGUUGGUGUGGAUACCCCGCUUGAGCUGAUGACCAACUACUACAUCCCGCCCUGCACCAAGGAGGUUCCGCCGCAGCCCGUGCCCAAGGCCUCGUGUGGCACGACCUAUCGCAUUGAUGCGGUCGCUGACAGCGACAGCGACGCCGUGGUUCGCAUGCUGAACGCCUUUGAGGGCGCCGGCGAGGCGGGCCGCGCCGCGCAGGCACAGCACGCGGAGCAGCUGCGGAUGCGGCAGCGCGCAGUUGAGCGGCAGCGGCUGGUCGCUUUCGAGGAGGCCCAGCGGCUGCGGCGGCGGCAGCUGUCGCAGGCAGGACGGAUGGACGCAAUGGCCCAAACUGGCGAGGCUGCGGGUGUUGUUGGGCGCAGGUCGCUGAAGAGCCGUCGGAGCCUGAUGCAAGGGGGCGACACCACCUCCGGCUCGGACCCCAACUCUGAGCCGCUGCCGCCGACCGCCUGGCAGCACUGGCGCGAGGACUACGACGUCCUCGCCGCAAACAUCAACCACCACAGGUUCCCUCGCGACAUGAACACGAGUGACUACUCCUCUGUGGCCACCACCCGCCUGCUGCUGCUGCGCGAGGCCUUUCCAGUGCUUCUCAGCCCCGACAGCCAGCCCAUUGCCGCCGCCACCCGCUACGGCGCCGGCCGAGUGCUGGUGCUCGGCCAGCGCGAGAUGUGGCGGGAGUUCUACCAACCAACCGACCCAACCGAAACCGGUCACGUGGCGCAGCAGUUGCUGUUUAACGGUUUUGGUUGGCUGGCGGGCUACGGCCGGCCGGCGGCGGCGCAGGAUGGCAUCAACGCCACUUGCUACGCGACCGGUUUUGCGGAGAGCGUGGAGGAAGUUUUCGACGCGCUGGAUGUUCUGGCGGCGGGCGGGCCGGACGGGUCGUUUGAUGGUCCCCCGUCGUACCGGGAAACGCAGUACGACGGCUUCCCUGUUGAUGUGCUGACGGCGGGCGUGCAAGAGACCGGCCGGCCGUACCUGCAAGUGCUGGUCUUGACCACGUCCCAGGUCUUGGCAGGCUACCUGCAAGACGCCAUCCGCAACUACGUGGCUGCUGGUGGCGGCCUGCUGGUCGUGCACAGCUCUCGCAACGUGGAAGAGCUGCCCAACGCCCAGUUCGCACCGGACGAAACAUUUGCGGAAUUCUACUCCUGCAACGACCUGCUCGGCGAAAUGGGCAUCCUCAUUUCACCCACCCCCGUGGAGGAGGCACCGCUGUGGCGGCCGCCGCUGCCCGUGCCCCACCCCGCCCCCCUGUCGUACUUGCUGCUGAACGCCGAGGCGGCAGUGGACACCCUGCGGCGCUACUACGCCGGGCUGCUGCGGCCGGGGGAGCUGGACGUGGAUGACUUCCAGGCGGCUGUCGCCAUCAUGGAAUACGCCAAGAGCGCGCUGAAGACCGAGGCCGACCUCUUCCCGCGCCUUUUCAACGCAAUCGCGACCGUGCGGGGGCCGCCGCCGCCGCCGCAGGCGCCGCCCUCUCCGCCGCCGCCCUCUCCGCCGCCACAGGGCGACGACUUGACGGGCGUCACCCGCCUGGGCCCUGUGUACACGUCCUGGCUGAACUCCUACGCACUGGAGGCCAUCUCUGACUACUUGGAUCCGUACGACGUGGUGUGCCCCCGCGGCACACACGUGACGGGCUUCAAGGGCCGCGCCUGGAGCACGUUUGACCCUGCCCCGUGGGGAGCCACGUCAGGUGGCAUGCUGGUCACGGAGUUUGCGCUGGUGUGCAGCAACGGCAAGAUGCUGUCGGUGGGUUACCCCACCGCCCCCUCCAAGUACGACAGGUACACCAACGACCCACCGUACGGCAAUGAGGGUGGCCUGAUUCCCACCGGCUUUGAGGACUCCAACGACGACGGGCUCAAUGACUCAGGGUAUGACAGCGGCGAUGACGUGGCACCGUCCUUUGGCGUGGACUGGUCGGAGCAGUCCUGCCCCGGCGGGUACGACAGCAUACGGGUGCGGCCGCACAGCGAUGACACCGUUAACUUUGCCAAGCCGCUACAGAUGUUCUUCCGCUGCCGCGACACCGCCGCCUUCACCACCUACACGGCGGGUGUGGGCAUCCUACAGCUCAGCCCCGAGUAUAUUUACGACUACGACCCAGCAACCUGGUACAUUACCUCGCUGCGCAACCUGGCACGCGGCACGCAGCAGCUGACCGAGCUGCAGUACCUUGCACAGCUGGAGGACGUGCCGGGCGUGGCGGCCUGCCCGCCAGGACAGGCUCUUGCCGGCCUCCAGGGCAGCCUGUACGUGCCGCAUGUGACCGACCUGUUCGACCCCGAGCCCUACGACCAGUUCCUCGCACCCACCGGCCCGCUCAUCAACCCCGGCUACACAGUCAUCCUGAGCAUUCAAGACGCCUACUGCCGGCCUAUCGGCGACCUGCCAACGCCCAGGCCUGCUCCAGCCGUGGCAUCUCCGCGGCCCCCGCUAUCCAUCCCAGCCCCCAACGGCACCGCCUACCUGACGAGCGUCACGGCCACGGGUCUGAACUUCGAUGCCGGCGCUGCUGGCGGUGCCGCGGCCUUUGUGGACACAGUGCUGACGUGCGGCUCUGGAUCCGUCAUUACAGGCAUCGUAGCGGCGCAGGAAGGCGCGACCGACAUCAACUACCUGGGGGUGCGCUGCUCCGACGGCUCCAGUCAGGGCGUGGGGUCCUACCACCCCUCCGCCGAGUCGUCCGGGUACCUGGUGGACAACCCCUGCCUGCUGGGCUUUGACGCCGUCAAGGCCAUUGGCGGCCGUGGAGUGUCGUACUUCGACGGCAGCCUUGGUGCCGGCCUUGGCGGCUUCGCGGUGCGCUGCGGCAGCCCCCUCAAUGAGGACGGCGGCGGCGAGGCGGGCAGCGCGUGGACCCGCCUGGGCAGCUCCGUACUGACUGGCGUCAACCUGCUACAGCAGCCAUCCGGCGGCAGUAGCAACAGCAGUGGCGGAGGAAGCCUGCUGUACGCGUUGACAGAGGCGAGCAUCAACGCGCCUGGCGCGGUGUGCUCGCCGGGGCAGCGCAUCGCGGCACUUCGUGUGCAAGCGGUGCCGCUGGAAGUGGCCGGCGGGGCGGCUGGAGCCGGCGACGCGGCUGGCGAGGGGUCGCUCUCCAUCGCUGCGGUCCAUUUCUACUGUGGUGAGGUACCGGGGCCGCCCAAGGACCGCUCCUUCCUGGACAUAGCCACUCGGUACGGCAUCACACUGAGUGACCUGUACGGCGCCAACCCCACGCUGGACCGCACCCAGCCCGUGGCGGCCUACAACGGCACCAUCAUCAAUGUGCCGCAGCUGUGCGGCGCGCCGCCCACUCAGCCGCCUGUCACCACCAUCGCAUCCGGGUGCCCGCUGUGGUGGCCGCUGCCCAACAUCACCGUAACCGGCGCCGAGACUUGCGGCGACGUGGCCCGCGGCUUCCUGCGUGGCAACCUGCCGUACCUGAACACCGUCAACAACGGCUUGUGCCCCAACGCCUCCACCACCAUCCGGAGGGGAAUACGCGUCUGCAUCGCGCCGCCAGCCGGCGUGCUGUCAGUCGGCCACCACCGCCAUCGCCACCACCACAGGUCGCUGCGGGCCGAUAACACCACCACGCAGAACCCAGCGGCCGGACCUGCAGCUGCGCAGCAGGCCUGCCGGGCUAGCUACCUGGUGUCUGUGGGAGACUCGUGUUUGGGCGUGGCUGCCAUUCACGGGAUCGAGGUGGAGUCGCUCCUCAACUGGAAUCGAGGCCUCAACUGCUCUCUGCUGGAUGCCGGUCGCGAGCUGUGUGUCGCCAAGCGCACCGCCAACGCCCGCGUGCCCUUGCCGCCGCCGCCCCUGCUCGCCAGCUCCUUACCCGCGCCGCCCCCACCGCCUCCCAGCCCACCCUCGCCGCCGCCACGUCCGCCUGCACCCCCCACCGACCAGUGGAACCUCCAGCCACCGGGCGUGCCGCACGCACCGCCGCCUCCCGGUUUCACCACCAGCCCUCCUCCCCUGCCUGCUGUAGCAUCUCCCCCGCCACCAACUACAACCGACACCGACUCCGCCCCUUCAGGCGGUCAGUCGUCCUUUUCAUCUCCGCCGCCCCGCCCGCCGCCGCCCUCUCCGCGUCCCUCGCCGCCACAGGCGCCGCCGCUUAGCCCCGACAGCCCGACGGCGCCGCCACGCUUCCCACAGUUCCCGCCGUCGGCGCCGCGUGCCGCUGCGGCCGACGGCCUGGCCCUCACGCCCUGCGCCGCCAGCCCCUCCCCCUGCGGCCCUCCACCCAACACCUGCACCAACCUGCCCCGCUCCGCGGGCUCGGCACUGGGCUACGCCUGCGCCUGCGGCCCCCUGUUUCUGGCCUCUGCCGACAACGCCACGUGUGUGCCGCUGCGCAACCGUGCCGUGUUCCGGCCCUCCUUCUCCAGCUCACACCUGCGCGGCGUGAGCGAUACAGACUCCGACUACAGGUUCUCCAGUCUGUGGGCCAUUGACGGCUCCGCCUCCGCCCAAGAUCUGCAAGUCACCAGCGGCUACUUCUCCAGCGGGCGCGGAGACACGCAGCCCUGGCUGUCUGUGGACCUCGGCUCCCCCUUCUACAUCACAGCCGUUGUCAUCAGGCUGCGGCCCGGCGGCGUGGGCGCCUCCCGUUUAGGCAACGCCGAGGUCCGUGUGGGCCUCACGCCUAUCCGGUCCGAGCCAGAUGACCGACCCGGCCUGAUCCUGAACAGGCUGUGCGGCGGGCGCAUCGCGACGGCGGCAGCGCCGCUGGCGCAGGGGCAGGACGUCGUGUCGGUGGAGUGCGGCCGGCCGGGCUCACCCCCGGCGGGGCAGUGGGUCACGCUGCAGAACUUCCACCCGGCCGGGGAGCUGCUACAGGUGGCCGAGCUGGAGGUCUAUGUGCGCGGCCCGGUGCUGUCGCUCGGCUGCGGCACUGAGGGCGUAGACUGCGGCGGUGACGGCGAGCUGGUCGACGACGGCGCCGGCGGUGUGCAGGCUGAGACCAGCCCGGACGCGCCGCCUGCGUCCGCCAGUGACCCUUCAGGCCCCCGCGUCACCAGGCUCACCAACGUGACUAAGCCCUACCGCCUGGGCGUGUCGUCCCUGCCCGUCUUCGCCUCCUCCUCCGCGGGCCCCGACAACGCCCCUGAGUAUGCCUUCGACGGGAUCGGCGUGGCACCCAUCGUGUACGCCUCCGGAUCCAGUUCUGGUUCGGGUUCCGCGGAUCCUGAAUACGCAUCAUCACUGGACUCGAGCGCGGGGAGCGGCUUCUUCCAGUCCGGCCCCGGGGACAUGAGUCCCUUCCUGUCAGUGGAUCUCGGAUCGUCCUACGUUGUGACAUACGUACGGCUCUUCAACCGAGCAGAUGCGUACGGCAACCGGCUGCGCAACGUGUCGGUCUGGCUAAGUGAUGCGCCCGCCACCGACGCGGCGUCAGUGGCGGCCCUGGCUACAGCUGGCGGCGGCGCGAGGCUGUGCGCGGUGCUAGACUGGGUGGCAGACGAGGGCGAGGUUGUCCAGUUGAACUGCACCAGCAGCGGCAGCAGUGGGCGCUGGGUGGUCGUGCGCAAGGCGGCCGCGACAGCAGGUACGCCGCCACCCCCGGCGGGCGACGAGGUGUUGGCCCUGGCGGAGGUUCAGGUGUUCGGCCACCGCGGGGAGCCGCCAGGUCCAGCCAAAGCCGUGCCUCCACCAGGCACCGGCGCAUCCAGUCCACCACCGCCCACCGGCCGGCCGUCCCUUCGGCGGCCGCCUGUGUCAAAACGCCCGCGGCUGUCGGCGCGCCCACCGCGGCGGCCGCCGCCGGGUCCCAAGCGGCAGCGCGUACGAAUACAGUACAGGGACGAUUAGCAGUCCCGAGUAAAGCACUUUGCAUCAUCGUCACCGUCAUCGUCGCUGCAACAACCAUUGGCACUGAAUUGCAUCUUCAUCCCCCAUCAUU